AUUUCGUUGGCGAACUUUCGUACUAAUAUAUUGCCACUAUAAGGAGCAAUUUCACACAACUUUUAAUCGUUACCAAUAAGACUGAAAAACGAAAUAAAUCAAUUUGUAAAGUGAAUUUGGAUACGUUCCCAGUUUUUUCCCCAUUAGUAUUGCAAAAUAUUAAAGAAGAUUACGACGUAACUAAAUUAUUCUCGUAUAUUUAUUCUCGUGUUUAUUUAAUAUUGUACUUUGAAAAAUGUCUAUAGUCUCGUUUUUUCGUUGUAAAUGUGUAACACUGGGUUAUUUAUGAAUGUUGCUUCAGGUAGAGACUAUUACUUUCGAUUUCAAUAAUGUAUUCGCAUCAUUGCUAACAUAUGAUAUCAAUUCUAUGUGUCAUUCAUCUUGUACAACCUGUGUUUGAUUAAAGAUAUUUCAUUGACAAAGUUUGUUGCGAUAUAUUGUUACUUUAGUCCGCAAUGAAAUGUGUUAAUUAGUGGGCGAUCAACUUCAUCACUACGUGUCAGUAGUUAACAAAAUUAUCUUAUAAUAUUAACGUUUUUUUUUUUUAACCGAAUAUCGAUAUUAUCCGACAUAGUAGAAGAAAGACUUAUAUAUACUUUUUCAAUAUUCUUUUUGAGAUUUGUUUCUGUCGCGUCUAUAAAAAUAAAUAUACAUAAUAUGCUAAAUAAAAAAAAUGUCUAAAAAGGUAUAACAUAAUAAUGCAAUAUUGAAAAAUCAUUUUAUUAAGACAAAAUGUCAGAGAACAAUUUGCCGCACAUUUCAUAUGGACUUGAUUCACCUGGUAGGAUAAUACGUAUAGAAUCUAGUAUUACUACAAGGUCUAAUAUCAGUCGUCUUCCAAGUAUAGAAGAAACAUUAAGAAGACUUGGCACAAAUCUAAGGCCAGAGAGACAAAUUAAUGAGUCAAAUAAUGAAAUAUCUGAUGCUCAACCUCCAGCAAUUGUAUCAGAUGAGGAACCAUUACCUAUUGUAUUGUCAGAAUCUGCAAAUAAUGCACAACCAAAUGAUGUGAUUGAUGGGCCAUCUUCUCCGAACCAAUCAGAAAUUAAUGCACCAGUAGUAAACACAGAAGAUGACAAAAGAUAUUGUUGGGUAUGCUUUGCAACGGAUGAAGAUGAUACAACUGCUUCAUGGGUAAAACCAUGUCAUUGUCGUGGCACAACCAAAUGGGUACAUCAAGGAUGUAUACAGAGAUGGGUUGAUGAAAAACAAAAAGGACGUGCAGGUGCACAUGUAGCAUGUCCACAGUGUAAUACAGAAUACAUUAUUGUAUACCCAAAUAUGGGACCAUUAGUAAUCGUAUUGGACACUAUCGAUGGUGUAAUUUUCCGAAUUUGCCCAUUUAUUGCAGCUAGUAUAGUUGCUGCAUCUAUAUACUGGACAGCUGUAACAUAUGGAGCAGUAACUGUAAUGCAAGUAGUUGGUCACAAGGAUGGUCUAGCUAUGAUGGAACAAGCUGAUCCUUUGGUAUUAUUAGUUGGUUUGCCAACUAUUCCCAUAAUGUUAGUUUUGGGAAAAAUGCUGAGAUGGGAAGAUCAAGCACUUAGUCUUUUAAGGCGACAUGCAUGUAAAGUUCCUAUUUUGAGGCAUUUCUUACCUAGUAGUCAUUCAAGUGAUGAGAGAUCACAUUCUGAAGAUGUACCACCUAUGAGUGAUCCAGUAUCAGCAACUCGUAUCCUUUGUGGUGCACUUUUAUUACCUAGUAUUGCUAGCAUAUGUGGCAAAAUAUUUUUUGAAAGUAUACAUUCUAAUUUUCAUAGGACAUUGCUUGGAGGUAUAGCAUUCAUAACAAUAAAAGGUGCAUUCAAGAUUUAUCAUAAACAACAACAAUAUGUAAGACAAUGUCAACGUCGUAUAAUGGAUUAUACAGAAAAUAAUGUUGCACUAUAUAGAAGACAACAAAAUUCUGAAACCAAUCAGACAAGCUAAAUAAACAUAUGCAAGAGAUUCUUGAAAGAAUACAUUAUUGGAAGAUAUUACAUUUCAGUUCAAAAAAACUAAACUUUAUAGUGUACUUUUAUGUAAUAAUAUAAGUUUAUGGGUAUUUUAAUCAGGUCUAACAAAUACAUAAGUUAUAUAGCUACAUCCCCAGUGCAUACACACGUACAUACAAACAUACAAAAAUAAUCAUAUACAUAAAUAUAAUUAAUGAAUUAUUAUCUAUCUGAGAAAGAACAAUUUAAUUGAAAAAAAGAACGGAAAUGUUACGUCUCUUAAAUUCAAUUAUCAGGGAAAUAAUAAUAAUGUCCAUUCAUCCUUCCUUGCGUAAUAAAUAAGAAUUAAUACAAUGUUGAUGCCUUUAAUACAAUCCAAUUUUCUUUCGUUUAAAAAAAAUCAUGUGAAAAGAAAAUAUCAUUUAUUAUACUAAAUCUGUAGUUUGUUAUUGACGAAAAUUGUAUAUUUUAUGAAGUUAACAUGACAUGAGUUUUUUGUGCAUUAAUAAAAAUAGGUAAAAUAUGUUUUUAAGAGCUCUUCACAUUUUGAUUACUAAUGUAAAAAAGGAUACAAUCUUUAGAAAAAUAAUUUAUUUCUAUUAUAGAUAAGUCUUGGAUUAGGUAUUAACUUAUAUAUUAAUAUAUAUUAAAUAAAAGAAUUUUGAAAUAAAAUUUUAUUUUAUGUAAAUGCUUAAUUUGCAAAUAUGUAAAUGCUUUUAGAUAAAACAUUAGUAAACAUCAAUUUAAAUCAAUAAAUUGUGUUCUACUGUCUAGAUAAUAUAGAUAAUAAUUAAUAAAUUAACUAACUUGUUACAUAAUUUUUUAAGUUAAAUCAUUAUUUU